CCUGAAGAUAAGUAAACUAAUAGAUAAACUAUGCCUGGUGUUUAGUUUUAAUCAUUAUUAUUCUGUCUGAAAUGCGUUAAAAGUAGCAAUUUAUAGUUUUUUUUACUACAGUUAAAAAUAUUAUUUAAAAUAUUAAUUAAAUUUCGCAUUAACAGAAAACAGAGUUUGAGUUGUUUGUGGUUCAUCAUGUCGAGUUUAUCUUCCUCUCUGGACUAUGCGUCGAUUCCAGCCAUCGCUCUGAACUACAGUGUGAGAAAAAAACUGGCUCUGUAUUUAAACCCAACCAACACAGUGGCAGCAGACUGGACCGAACUCGCCGAGAAAAUGGAGUGCACCUACCUGGAGAUUAAAAACUACGAGAAGAGCGAGAAUCCCACCCGGAAGCUGCUGGAGGACUGGCAGACCCGAGCAGAGGCCACCGUGGGGACACUGCUGUCCUUCCUGGAGCAGGUGGAGAGGAAAGACAUCAUCUUAGACCUGCAAGCACUUAUAGAUGACGACUGCAGGAAGUAUUUAGAGAGGCAAAAGGAGCUUCCUGUUCAGGUGCCCGAGGUGGACAGCAGGCUCCAGGAUCGAGGCAUCACCGUAAAUGACAGUCACAUGCCGGAGAUGUUUGACGCCUUUAUUUGCUACUGCCAGAGCGACUUCCAGUUUGUCCAUGAGAUGAUCAGACAGCUGGAGCAGACCGAGUACAAUCUGAAGCUGUGUGUGUUUGACCGAGACGUCCUGCCCGGGACGUGCGUCUGGACCAUCACGAGCGAGCUCAUCGAGAAAAGGUGCAAGAGGAUGGUGGUCGUCAUUUCUGAUGAUUACUUGGACAGCGAUGCUUGUGACUUCCAGACUAAAUUUGCCCUCAGCCUCUGCCCAGGGGCACGGACCAAACGGCUGAUUCCUGUGGUUUACAAGUCCAUGAAGAAGCCAUUUCCCAGCAUCCUGCGCUUCCUGACAGUGUGUGACUACACCAGGCCGUGCACACAGUCCUGGUUCUGGGUUCGACUGGCCAAAGCCUUGUCCCUGUCCUGAACACGGGACGUCCAGCUCGCUGACUGCCACAACUGUUUAACUGUUGCCGCCCUGCUAUCCUUUAUAUCCUGAACAUUUCUGGCUACAGUUAUUACCACAGUAAUAAUGCGUUUUCAUUUUCAAUCCUGAUUCAUUUGCUGCAAAAGUCUCAGCUGUUACCGAAUUGCUGCCUUAGUUUAGUUAUUGAAGUAAAACACUGUGUACGUUAUUACAUUAAACAAUGCAUUUUAAAUAAAAAAAUAAUAAUUACAAGAACAGGAAUUGGGGAGGAGGGACUUCACACUUUUCCUUAAGCCACGCCUACUUGCGUUUUUAAUUUUAAAUACAAAUUCAGAUACGAUUAUUUGGAGCACAAAACACCACAUAGUGGUCAAAAGUAUGUGGACACCUGACCAUCCCAUUCCCAAACUAUGUGCAUUAAUAUGGAGUUUUAUGUAUGUUUUAAUUUGUUUAUAUUACAUGCAUACAUUGAGUGCAAUGUUUAUUUUUUUUUAUUUGUUACCAUCAGUUCCUAACUUGACUUUAGGGAAUAAUUUCAGAAAAAUAGCUUCUCGUACAUUCUACAGAUAUAGAUGAUAUAUUUUUAUGGUAUAUUUAAACUUCAAAUGUCAUUCAGCUGAAACAUUUAUAGACAGUUUUAUGAGCGCUUUUUUUUUUUUUUUUUUUACAUCAGGAAGAAUGUGAGAUUUUCUGAAAAAUACCAGAUUACAGAGUAACAUCAUCCAACAUCCUUUCCACAGAAGGAGUGUAAAAUUAUGUAAAAGUUUUCUAGCAGUAAAUAACAGGAGAAAUGAUGCUUCGUCAAGAAAGUACAGAUUUAUGGUUUAAGCAGUAUUUAUAAGAAUCUGUCUGAUUUCAGAGCAGCAUUUUUUUGCAUUUCGUACAGCUUUAGCUUUUUUUUUUUUGAAUAGUUAUACAUACAUCAUAUGCACUUGAUUUGUACCAGGCACAGAAAACUGUAAUCCUUACUGAAAUUCAUUUCACUCUUAAGAUAUUCUAUUAGUGUGUAGAAAAUAUAUAAGAAAUAGAAUGAUUUUUUUUCUUCUGUCCUUCAAGCGCUUGCUUUAUUGCUGAUACGAAAACGUCGUAAUUAUCAGUGUACUCGUAUAAAACCAGAGUUUCGUCACCUUUUUUAUUUAAUCCAUCAGAAAUAUUUGAUGCCUUUUGUAUUCUGUUUACCUGGACCCUUUCUUAAUAAAAAAAAAGUGUUGUACAAACAAA